UUCCGUACUCGGCUUGCGGUAUGUACCCGCCGCUAUUCAGCUUCCGGGCUAAUUAGCAGUCGCGGUGUGCCGCUACCUGCGGGCUCUCAAGGAGCUCAGCCUCCCGGACGGAGCCGGCGGCUGCGGGGCGAGGACGGCGGCGCGGCGAGGACGGCGGCGGACCGGGGCAGCCCCGCGCUCUGGCCAGCUCUACUGAAAUGAAGAAAGAAAAACAAUACAUGCCCAGCUCCAGAGACACGUAAAGGGACAGAGAUUGGGGGACAGAAGGAAGUGCAUUAAUUCCCUCCACGACCCCUGAAGAGCAGCAGUGGGUCUGAGCAUCCUAUCUCCAGGAAGCAGGCCAGCAGGCAAGCCAGCUGCCACCUCGUUCACCCUGUGCAAAGCACAGGCACCGUCCCCAAAAGAUUUCCAAAGAUGAUGUUAAACCCAGCCACAGUUCUGAUCUCCAGGAAAGCAAUUGCUGUGGUACAAAAGGACAAGGGUUGAAAGAGAACAGUGGGAGCUCUCUUUCCCAACUAACUCACGCAGUGUGACGCAGAGGCUUUCAGCACAGCCCAGGGUGCCCGGGACUGAAAACCCCUUCACCAGCCCCCUCCACAGGAUAUAGAAGACUUAGAUCACUACGAGAUGAAAGCAGAGCCCAUUAGUGGGAAAAAGUUGGAGGAUGAAGGAAUUGCAAAAGAAAAUUUGGCAAUAUUAGAGAAAUUAGGAAGACUGAAAGGCAAGAGCGUUUAACUGCGGUUGACCCUGCUAGUCCUUUGCACAGUGAUCUUCAGAUCUUAAAAGAAAAAGAAGGCAUAGGAGAUACUUUGCUUAACUUAUCUUUUAAGAAACUGUUGUCGUUGUCAACUGGGUUGUCUUCCUGAAGUAUGAAUCCGCCAAUGGCUCCUGACACCAGAAAGAAGGGCCUUUUUCUGUGGUUGGAGUAUUUCUUAAGAGUCCUGAGAAAAAUGUGAUUGCCUUGAGCUAACUGACCUUCUGAAGAGGACCUUAAACUGAAUUUCCAAGUUAUUAGUGUCGGGAUUCACAGACUUUGGAGAAUAGCAGGUAUGUAUUGUGUGGAGGAGCAUUACGUAUUGAACUUCUCACAAAACAGGGCUGAAGCAGUGCCUACUCGACAGAACCGGUCAUCGUACAAAGAAAUGCCACCUGACUCAAAGGCAAAGCCAGAGUACAGCUUGGAGCAAAGAAGAUGAUGUCUCACUCUGUCACCCAAGAUGGAGUGCAAUGGCAUGAUCUCAGCUCACUGCAACCUCUGCCUCCCAGGUUCAAGCAAUUAUCCUGCCUCAGCCACCCGAGUAGCUGAGAUUACAGGCCUCUGCCACCAUGCUCAGCUAUUUUUUGUAUUUUUAGUAGAGACGGGGUUUCACCAUGUUGGGCAGGCUAGUCUUGGAACUGCUGACCUCAGGUGAUCCGCCCACUUUGGCCUCCCGAAAGUGCUGGGAUUACAGUCAUGAGCCACCAUGCCCAGCCUAUUGAUGCUGAUUCUUUAAGGGUGACUGGACGUGUUGAUCAGCGCUCGCUGGGAUUUGGCUGACGUGGCCCCAACCCCGCCUCCCUCCCCACCCCACAAUGGCAGAAGAAACUCGACAGUGUAAAUUAGCUGCAGCCAAGAAAAAGUUCAAAGAAUAUCGGCAGAGAAACCGCCCUGGUGUUCCAGCAGCAGCGAAGAGGAACAGGAAAGCAAAUGGCAGUAGCCCUGAGACGGCCGCUUCUGGUGGUUGCCACUCAUCUGAGGCUUACAUGGCCUGCUGUCAACACCCAGGACACCCAGGAUAUGGUCUUUGCUGUUUGAUUUUCCUCAUCCCCAGUCUCAAGGGGAAGCCAGGACAAUGAGAACAGCCACUUCCCAUCAGGAGUCACUGCAAGGGCCCCAGGGUGGGAUGGUGGGGAGAUGAGAACCAUGAGAGAAGUUGGCACAAAGGAGUUAUGGGACAAAGGGUCCAAGAUAGGCAGAAAAGAAAAUGUUGCCAGUUGAUGGGGAAGAAAGGAAGUCGGAGGGCUCAGACACUGAGGGGGACAGAACGUCUCCAUGUGCACUCUCAUCUCUUAUAGUCAGCAACAGGUAUCCAUGGGGAGGGCCCUACAUCAUCUGCUACCCUGAAGGAUCUGGAGGUAGGAGGCUCUGGGCGGAGGUGCAGUGACCCCGCAGGCCAGCCCUCCAACCUCCUCCCGCAGCGGAGACUGGGUGCCCCUCUGCCAGCUGAGACAGCCCACACACAACCCAGCCCUAAUGAUCGUUCUCUCUACCUCUCCCCCAAGUCCUCCUCCGCCUCCUCCUCUCUGCAUGCGCCUCAGAGCCCGUGCCAAGAACAAGCAGCAGUCCUGGACUCGAGGUCCAUAAAAAUCAGUCGACUGAAUGACACCAUCAAAUCUUUGAAACAACAGAAGAAACAAGUGGAACAUCAGCUGGAAGAAGAAAAGAAAGCAAACAACGAGAGACAGAAAGCCGAAAGGGAGCUAGAGGGUCAAAUCCAGAGAUUGAACAGAGAGAAAAAGAAACUAAAUACGGACCUGUAUCACAUGAAACAUUCGCUCAGAUACUUUGAAGAAGAGUCCAAGGAUCUGGCCGGCCGCCUGCAACGUUCAUCGCAGCGUAUAGGAGAGUUAGAAUGGUCUCUCUGUGCUGUCGCCGCCACACAGAAGAAGAAGCCGGAUGGGUUCUCGAGCCGCAGUAAAGCACUUCUCAAGCGGCAGUUAGAGCAGUCGAUAAGGGAGCAGAUACUGCUGAAAGGACACGUGACACAGUUGAAGGAGUCACUUAAAGAAGUCCAGCUGGAGAGAGAUCAAUAUGCUGAACAAAUAAAAGGAGAGAGGGCCCAGUGGCAGCAGAGGAUGAGGAAAAUGUCGCAGGAGGUUUGCACAUUGAAGGAGGAGAAGAAGCAUGAUACGCAUCGGGUAGAGGAGCUGGAGAGGAGCUUGUCCAGACUCAAAAACCAGAUGGCUGAGCCACUGCCCCCGGAUGCCCCAGCAGUGUCCUCUGAGGUGGAGCUGCAAGACCUGAGGAAGGAGCUGGAGAGAGUGGCAGGAGAGCUCCAGGCUCAGGUGGAAAACAAUCAGCGCAUCAGUCUCCUGAACCAUGGGCAAAAAGAGAGGCUUCGCGAGCAGGAGGAGAGGCUUCAGGAGCAGCAGGAGAGGCUUCGGGAACAGGAGAAGAGGCUUCAGCAGCUGGCUGAGCCACAGAGCGACUUGGAGGAGCUGAAGAGCGAGAACAAGAGCACACUGCAGUUGGAGCAGCAAGUAAAGGAGCUGCAGGAGAAGCCGGGCCAGGUGACGGAGAUGCUCACCUCGGCCGAGAAGGAGCCAGAGGCAGCAGUCCCAGCCUCAGGGACUGGGGGCGAGUCUAGCGGCCUUAUGGACCUCCUGGAGGAGAAGGCGGACCUGAGGGAGCAUGUGGACAAACUGGAACUUGGAUUCAUCCAGUACCGGAGAGAGAGAUGCCAUCAGAAAGUACAUCGCCUUCUAACAGAGCCAGGGGACAGUGCCAAAGAUGCGGCACCGCGAGGAGGCCAUCAUCAGGCUGGCCCAGGACAAGGAGGAGAGGAAGGUGAAGCUGCUGGAGCUGCAGGAGAUGGUGUUGCGGCUUGUGGCAAGUACAGCGAGGGGCACGGCAAAUUCCUGGCCGCUGCCCGGAACCCUGCUGCUGAACCCAGUCCAGGAGCCCCAGCCCCCCAGGAGCUCGGGGCUGCCGACAAGCAUGGUGAUCUUUGUGAGGUGAGCCUCACCAACAGCGUGGAGCCUGCACAAGGAGAAGCCAGGGAGGGUUCUUCCCAGGACAACCCUACUGCACAGCCAAUCGUGCAGCUCCUUGGUGAGAUGCAGGACCACCAGGAGCACCCAGGCUUGGGCAGCAACUGCUGUGUGCCAUGCUUUUGCUGGGCUUGGCUGCCGAGAAGAAGGAGAUAAACACCACCAUCAUCAAAGAGCUGCUCAAGAAAUUUUUAAAAACGAAACAAAGUUGCGGGGUUAAUCUCCUACAGGAUUCAUUUACUUCAUUUGAAUGUUACAGCCACUCAUGAUUAUUUGCGUUUCUAAUUUAUAGUUUAAGUUUAUUUGUAAAAAGUUAAAAGAGAGUGGGUCUCUGUGGCUCUCACUGAUGUUCACUCUGGCAUCCUUUAGCAUUUUUCUUUUUUAAUUUCAUAAUUAUAGGUCAUUAGCAUGCAUAUCGAGUUCGCCCUUACGUGGUGGGAGUUCAAACACACGAAGACCCACUCUUUGCCCAAAACUGUUCUCGCUGGUUUGGAAUAGGCUCCCGUGCUUUUUUAAUGUUAUUGCAGCAUGUAUAUUCACUACAGAAUUCAGACAAAAUUUGCCUAUGUUCUGCUGUUGUUUGAUCUAAUCUUAAUCACAGUGAGCUCUUUGUUAGCUCAAUAUGUAGUUUGCCCCCAAGUGUGCACUGUUUACUACUUUGUAAUAUGCCACUAUGAGUACUGACAUUUAGAGCUGUUUAAAGGCCGAGAACUGGAAACAGCCUUUCCUCCAUUUUCUGUGUAUUGGUGAUGGGAGUGAUAACCUCUUGGGGGAGCUUUCUAAAUCUCACAGAAGAGGAAAGUGGCCUGCUCUGGCAGGUGUGUCCAGGAUAGAGUGUGUUUCAUCUGUUCCGGUGCCAAGAAUGAGCACUGUACUGUGGCAGUUCCCUUUGGAUUUGUAUGUGCUCUGGGCUCAUGAAGAUAUUGCAUCGUGAGCUGCAGCAGUUGCACUCUUUUUCAGUGACCUAAAAAGGGCUUAUUUCCGAGGAAUGAAAAGCUGCCAUCAUUGGCUGUGGAUGUGGAAAACCUUUCCUAGCUUAGAGCAUUUGUAUCUAUAAUACAUUUUAAAGUCAGAGUUCGUGUUACCUGUUUUAAUCACGACUACCUGUCCCAGUACACAAAAGGGCGCUGGUUGGCAUUCUUCUUAAUAUAUUUAGUAAAGAUCAUAAGAAAUCCUUUAAGAGUUUAAAUGUCCCUGGAACAGGCAUACAGGCUCUAGUCAAGAAUGAAUUAGAGUGAAGGAAAGCUGUGUGACACCUGGCAUUCCUCUCUGUUCAUGGAGCUUCUUUGAGGCUUAAGAUCGAUUUUACUAUCUAGACCUCUCUGGCUAAUACCUAUUCUUCAGCCACCUCGGUUACUCUGACAUAGGAAUUUACUUCUUUUCCUUGAGUGGAAAACACUUUAAAAAAUAAUAACAAACAUUAUUACAAACUAAUAUAUGUGAGAGUACUUAGUUGAAACAAAAAGGAAUUUUAGUGGACAGUAUUAUAUUAUCUUUGAAAAUCAAGGAGAAGUUUAUGCAACUUAAAAUGUUUACACACUGUGGUGCAAUGUACUGUUUGAGAAUGUCAAUGUAUUAUCAGGAAACGUGUCUAUACGAUCGCAGAGUUUUAUUUCCUCACAAACUUCUUUACGAAGAGUGAAAUAUGUUUUUGUACCUCUCAGUUUCAGUCAGGGACAUAUUUUGUGCAAUAUUUCUGUGAUUGUGCCUAUGCGUGAUGAAUGAAUGCAUUUCAGUCAUACAUUGCCUAAAUCAUAACUUGAUGAUGCUUGGGAAAGAAUCAGCAGUUAAAACUUCAUGAAGUUCUAAUGUCUGUGUUCCAAAACACAUCACAUUAUUAGGUUGUAGGGACAUAUGUAUGUGUGCUCCCUGGGGUGGGGAGUUUUCUAGUUACUAGACCAUCUCCAUUUUUAGCACUUGGCAUCCUCAUGAUCCUUUUAUAAAUAUGAGAUUAACAGGAGAGCAGCAAUACGAUUUUGCCAAUGGAAUAACAGAUUUGCCGGCAUUCACUGAAAGAGGGCAGAUAUUGGGUCCUUGUGACUUCAACUGACUCUUCUGAAUUGUAUGAAUUUAUCAAUGUAUUAGAUAAACCCAGUUUCAGAAUAAUAAAGAAAAAAUAUUAGACCAAAUAAUGUGGCUAAUUAACAGUGGUAUGAUUUCUAGCCCGUGGGUUUAAAACUGUAUCCUAAAGAGUCAUUUUAAAAUAAUAUAAAUAUUAAAAAAUGUAACUGCUAUCUUUAUGUUCUGAAAUAAGUUAAAACAUUUUAAAAUAUGAAUACUGUAGUUUAAAAGAAAGAAAUGGUGGGAAGGAAAAGUAGAGAAAGAAAUGCCAAUUCCAGUCCAAAGCUUUAUUUGCCAAGUUUUCUUAUAAUGAAUUUUACCAUUGUAUGGGUUCUUGUUAACAGAAUGUGUAACAGAAAUACUGAAAGACUUUUGCCUAAAGUGGCAUUAUUGACUGCUGAUGUGAUGCUACUGUAAUGCGAUAAAUUAUUAAAUUGUUGCAAAGUGC